CCUCUUGGUCCGGUCGUCCUCCGCUGUCCGGGCUGUCCUCGGCACCUCGCUCAGACAGCCAACAAGCGAGCGUCGUCGCCUCUAAGCAGCAUGCCUGGUUGGAAGCUCGACCCGAGUCCCGAGACGAAGCAGAAGGUGAUUCGCGGGAACAUACGGUCGACAUCUGGAUGGUUUGUUGCGGUCGAGCGCGGUGAGGAGGAGCGCAUGAAGCAGCUGCUGGCUAGAGGGCAAGACGUCAAUCAGCAGGACUCGCAGUGCCGCUGGGCGGCGAUCUACUAUGCUGCCUGGAAGAACCGCAUCUGGCAGGCGGAGCUGCUCCUCGAGAGUGGCGCCGACCUCACGCUGGAGAGCAACGAAGGCGACACCGCCAUCCACGUCGCCGCGCGCAACGGCCACGCCGAGAUGCUGCGGCUGCUCCUCCGCUCAGCCGUCGUCAGCUCGAAGAACGAGUUCGGCAAGACUCCGCUGGACCUGGCGCGGCAAAAGAACCAUUGGGGGAGCGUGGCUGCGCUGGAGGAGGCCUACGGGCUGCCGCUCUCGCCAGAGGUGACCGACCCGCCCUCGCCGCUGCCGAAGAACUGGCUCGACGGAGACUACGGCAACGGCCAGAAGUUCUACUACAACCCGUUUAGCGGCGAGACCUCCGAGACGCGACCCGCGGCGCCGUGAAGAGGCUGACUAGGCGUAUUCCUCGGAGACCUGACCCCACUAGUGGACCGCGGCAGGAGACCGAACGGGCGUUUCCUCUCGCUUUCGAGUCGCGCGACGUUCUCCCGCGCGGGACCGCCUCUCGCCGGCGAGACACUCCAGCAAGGCGAGGUCGAAGAGGAGCGCGGUCCGCGCCGGAGCUGCGCCCGGGGCCCGGAGACGGCAAGAACCAUCGCCUCGCGCUCCGGUGUCCGGACGUGUGCCCGGCUGCACCGCUCUAGCCGUGUAGCAUUUAGUUCCGAUAUACUCGAGUAGUGUGUUCUGUUCUUCUAUAGAGUUUGUCGCCGCAAGAGGGACGCCGAG